AUGCGGUGUGCCUCUUCUCUGCUUCCCUCCUUCUCCCUUGCUCCCCGUGCUGGUUUUCUCUGCACCCCUCCGUCCAUAUCCUGUCCCUCCCCGCGGGCGAACGCCCCGGGUGCCGCCUUUCUUGCUCUCUCCUCACCCAUCUCUUCUCCUCCGCCCUCGAACAAUACUGUGACUGCCGGCCCCCAUCCCUGCCCCUUCCUUCCUCGGCAUACCUCCGCUCUCAUCUGGGAAAUCUCCUUCGUCAACAUUGCUGCGCCUCUCGCCGCCCCGCGCAGUGGGAGAAGCUUCGUCGUCGGCGUUGACGCGCCUCCCGCCGCCCCACGCGGUGGGGGAACCUUCGUCGUUGACAUUGCUGCGCCUUCCGCCGCCCCGUGCAGUGGUGAAAACCUCGUCGUCGGCGCUGAUGCGCCUCCCGCCGCCCCGUGCGGUGGGGGAACCUUCGUCAUCGGCGUUGACACGCCUUCCGCCACCCCGCGCAGUGGGGGAACCUUCGUCGUCGGCGUCGACAUGCCUUCCGCCGCCCCGCGCAGUGGGGGAACCUUCGUCGUCGGUGUUGUCAUGCCUUCCGCCGCCCCGCGCAGUGGGGGAACCUUCGUCGUCGGCGUUGACAUGCCUUCCACCGCCCCGCGCAGUGGGGGAACCUUCGCCGUCGGCGUUGACAUGCCUUCCGCCGCCCCGCGCAGUGGGGGAACCUUCGUCGUUGGCGUUGACAUGCCUUCCGCCGCCCCGCGCAGUGGGGGAACCUUCGUCGUUGGCGUUGACAUGCCUUCCGCCGCCCCGCGCAGUGGGGGAACCUUCGUCGUUGGCGUUGACAUGCCUUCCGCCGCCCGGUGCAAGCAGGGUAUCUUCUCGUCCUUCCUCUUCACCCUGCUUGCCCGCCGGAUCCACGUCCAUGUCUUCGGCUUGGCGCCUUCCAUCCCCUCCGUGCUGGCCUCCGGCCAGGUUCCACGGGUUGCUCGUCGUGGGACGCCUCCAAGGCUCCGAUCUGACGCUUACAUCCUCCCUGCUUCCUUCUCGUCGCCCGCCCGAAUUUCCUACGUCGACAUGUCGUACCUGUUCGGUGUCUCCAAGACACUCUGCCACGAGCUUGUCGAAGUGUUCCUCACCGAGUUCCCCUCCGUCUUCAAGGCCGCCUGGGUGCGCUUCCCCACAGGCGAAGAGCUUCCCGAGAUGGCGCGUGAAUUUGCAGCCAUCAAAGGUGUACCUGCAGUGGUGGGGGCUGUGGACGGGACUCAUAUCCACAUGAAAAGGGAUGGAAGGGCACAGAGCGGAGUACUGGACAAGGAAGUCGGCCUAUGCCUUACAACUCCAGCUCACAUGUGA